UUUUUUUUGGGGGGGGGGGGUCAAUUUAUAGUUUAUUAGCCAUUUUCUAAUAAAAAGGGCUAAAGACUCAUGUAAGGAAUACCCUUGACUGCACCUAACUCUAUGUACACACAAAGACAUAUCGGUUGAUUAAUAUGGCACAACGUAUUACUCACGUAGACUUUUGACUUACUAGUCUAGCCAACUAUCACCAAACUUUAGUAAAUACUCACAUUGACUUUGACUUUGACUUAUUAUUCUAACCCAAAAACCACGAUAACAAGUAGUACUCUGUACUAAUAAUGCACCAUUUCUUGACUAAAAUCUCUGUAAGUAUACCCAAGUUAGGGGCACAAUUCCGCAUCACAGACAACACUAACAAUCAUGAAAAAUCUUGUUACUGGCACACCAAGCUCCUACUACUAUACUUUUAUAAUAGUGCUCCUCACAAUUUCCACCAAAUUCCUGCACACCACCCAUGCCCAAGCUUGCAACCCAGGCCAGCCCCUGAUCGGAACCGGUGGCGGCCAAUGUGACCCCAAUGAAGCCGACUGCUGCAAAGCUGGGCAGUCAUACACUACUUAUGACUGCUCGCCCCCGGUUACUGCCCAAACCCAAGCUGUGCUGACUCUAAACAGUUUUGCUGAGGGCGGGGAUGGGGGUGGCCCCUCGGAGUGUGAUGGUAGCUACCACCCUGACAAUACCCGUGUGGUGGCGCUGUCAACAGGAUGGUACAACGGGGGCUCACACUGCCUCCAGGAGAUCAUCAUCAGUGGCAAUGGGCAGACGACAAGGGCGAAGGUCGUGGAUGAAUGUGACUCCAGAAAUGGGUGUGAUGAAGAACAUGGGUACCAAGUCCCUUGUAAGAACAAUGUUGUUGAUGCGUCUAAGGCAGUUUGGAGCGCCCUUGGAGUGCCAGAGGACUCAGAUCAGUAUGGUCAGAUGCAAAUUACUUGGUCUCUGAGUGACUAG